GCCGGCCGGGAGCGGGAGGAGCGAAGCCGCCCUGGAGCUGCCUGCGCUCUCCGUGGCCGAACGGGACUCCGCCGCGGCGCGGUUCGAGCGAGCUGGACUCUCCCGAUUUCAGGGCUUGCUGUUGGGCUGAGAGGGAGCAACGAGUGAGCAGGGAAAUGAACUCUGCCAGUCAAGGGCCUGGCCUUCGGGUGUCCAGAUGUUGAAGGUGGCGCGAUCACUGGUCCCAUGCGGAGGGGGCGAGGAUGCGGCUGACCGUGAGACGAGUGCUGAUGGUGGUGGGCUUCGCCGUUGCCCUGAUGGUUUCUGUCCACCUGGGCCAGCAGAUGCUGCAGUGCCAGCAGAUCCUGGGGCAGGGCCUCGGCCAGGGCCUGAUGCGUCCCGAAAGCGAGGAGCUGGUGAUGCUCGACUCCAACCGGGUUGAAUAUCGCUACAGCAAGGAGAUGCCGCUGAUCUUCAUCGGUGGCGUCCCUCGGAGUGGGACCACCCUGAUGCGAGCCAUGCUGGACGCACAUCCAGAGGUGCGCUGCGGGGAGGAGACGCGCAUCAUCCCACGGGUGCUAGCCAUGCGCCAAGCCUGGUCCAGGUCCGGGCGGGAGAAGAUGCGCCUGGACGAAGCCGGGGUGACGGACCAGGUCUUGGACGCGGCCAUGCAGGCUUUCAUCCUGGAGGUGAUCGCCAAGCACGGGGAGCCGGCCCGGUACCUCUGCAACAAGGACCCGUUCACCCUCAAGUCCUCCAUUUACCUUUCCCACCUCUUCCCCAACUCCAAGUUCCUCCUGAUGGUUCGUGACGGACGGGCCUCCGUCCACUCCAUGAUCACCAGGAAGGUCACCAUCGCUGGCUUUGACCUCCGGAGCUAUCGGGAUUGCUUGACUAAGUGGAACAAAGCAAUCGAGGUGAUGUACUCCCAGUGCCUGGCGAUUGGGCGGCUGCGGUGCCUCCCCGUCUACUACGAGCAGCUGGUUCUGCACCCCCAGAAAUCCAUGCAGGCCAUCAUGGACUUCCUGAACAUUGCCUGGAGCGACGCCGUCCUGCACCACGAGGAGCUGAUCGGGAAGCCAGGCGGGGUCUCCCUCUCCAAGAUCGAGCGAUCCACAGACCAGGUGAUCAAGCCUGUGAACAUGGAGGCAUUGAUGAAGUGGCUGGGACACAUUCCAGCAGACGUGGUGCAGGACAUGGCCCACAUUGCCCCCAUGCUGGCCAGGCUGGGCUACGACCCCGACGCAAACCCCCCCAACUACGGCAGCCCGGACCCCAUGGUGAUCAACAACACCCACCGGGUCCUGAAUGGGGACUUUAAAACACCUGCCAACCUGAAGGGGCACCUCCAGGUAAGUUUCUUUGCCUCUGUCCAUGCCUUUCUCUUCCCUCCACUUCUCCCAGGCUGCAGAAAUGUUCCUAAUUUCUGUAAGGCACAAUUCCUUGGGGCCUACCAGCCUGCCCCUGCCCCCAAUAGUCUUUUAUUUCUGGUGCUGGAUAGUUUUCAAGGGCAGGGGCAAGAAGGAUGCUGAAACAGGAAUGUUCCCACCUUUGAAUUGCUGCCCCAUGGAGAGGGUCCUGUUAGGCAGUGCCAUCUUCUCUUGGUGGUGGCUUUUCCCUGUCAUUCUUUUUGGACUGUUGCCAGGGCACCUCCUCAGAUGCAUAACUGCCUCUAUUUAAAUCAGUUUGGGACUUUUCUGAUUGAGAUAUCGUUCCUGCAGUCAGGAAUAGUUAAUCUAAUAGUAUGUGUUCCUUAAAUUUUAAAAUAUUUCAACUAACUUAGUUCCUAUCUGAACCUAAGAAAGGAGAGAUAGAAACAGACCCCCAACCAAACUUAACUGUCCAGCUCAGAAGCUGCUGACCCUUCCUCUGUGUUUGACUUUUGCAGGGGACUCUGAAUACUACUGCUUUUCACUGACUAGCGAUUUCCAGGUAGGUCUUGGCGUGCCCCAGCAGUCCUUGUCUCCCACCCAGGUGGGGUUCCACAGAAGCCACCCCAAUGCUGGGAGAGCGGGCUCUCCAGUGGGAGAGUCAUCCUCUCUGCCCUGAAUUCACACCAGAGGAGGAACCCCAUGGUUUGCCUCCCUUAAAUGCGAUGUCGAUGUCAUGAUUAGUAAUUCUGCUUUCUUCCUGUCGGUCUCCUUUAGGUGCAAAUUGCUUCCCAUUGUUCUGAAGAGAAGAAAAUUUGCAAACAGAGACAGUGGAAGUCUGUUAUCCAAGCAUAUUGCUUGCUACUGAUAUUGCCAAAUCAAGUGCUGUCUGUGAAACACUUUUCAUUUUGCCAUUCAUUUGUCAAGUUUGGACUUUCCAAUUCCUGGGAAAAAGAAGUCACAUACCAAGUUUGGAUACUGCUCUGCAGUGAUAUAUGUGAACAUAAAAAAGGAACCAUAAAGUAUACUGGAGAUUUUAUACUCGUCUGCAGAAGAGGUUUUUAAGGCUCUGUGUAAAACCAUCUUGUAAUUUUUGUUCUCUAAUUUGCAGACCUCAGCUAGCUCUGUUCCUAUAACCUCCUUAGAGCGCUUUUGGUCUUACUGGCACUUGUCUCCUUUAAUUCUCUCUUCUCAGUAAUUUACGAAAUUAAAGAGAUUUAUUUAUUAAUUCUGAAA